AUGGCGCGCUCCCCACGGCCGGUUUGCAUGGCCGGCGUGGUUCACGCGCGUGAUCGCGUGGCCCUGCCCUACAAGUUCUUCUCGGACCCGUCGGGCAUCAACGAGAAGCGCAAGCAGCGCCGGAUCCGCACCACCUUCACCAGCUCGCAGCUCAAGGAGCUGGAGCGGGUCUUCGCCGAGACGCACUACCCCGACAUCUACACCCGUGAGGAGCUGGCGCUCAAGAUCGACCUCACCGAGGCCCGGGUGCAGGUCUGGUUCCAGAACCGGCGGGCCAAAUUUCGCAAGCAGGAGCGAGCGGCCAACGCCAAAGGCGCCGGCGGGGGCAGCAAUGGCGGCGCCGUGGCCAACAAGAAGUCGGACCCGCGCUCCUCCUCGGAAGACGACGAGUCCAAGGAGUCCAACUGCAGCCCCACGCCUGACAGCACCGCCUCGCUGCCCACCGCCGGCGGCCUCAGCCCCGGCAGCAGCCUGAGCCCCAGCCCCGGCACGGGGCAGGGCAGGGCCCCUGGCCACGCUGCCCAGCCCCUAAAGGCUCCUCUGUGGCCCGGGGUCAGUACUAGCAACAGUCCCAGCAACACGGCCGAGCUGCUGAAGGCUUGGCAGCCGGCCCAGGUAACAGUGUUGGCUCAGCCCAUCCUGUGCAGUGGGGCAGGGCCUGUUUGA